GACACUGGCAUCGGUUUCGUUGCGCCAGCCCAAAACCAUGUCCGCGCCCGCCCGCCGCUUCUCCCCGGCCGCCGAUCGUUUGGCGUCGCCGGAGCCGCCUAUAAAAUCCCGGCGGCCACCCCAGCGUCUCUGCAACCCAUCAUCCAUCGCCCUCACCUAGCUCGCUCCUUUCAGUUUCAGACUUUCAGUGCCACUCGUCAUCACCAGGAACAGAGCUGCUUCGUUUCCAAGCAAACCAGCCAAUCUCGCCCUUCUUUGCUUACCACACAGCAUCAACGAUGUCGACUGUGAGCCGUGCGUCCCUUGACCAGAAGCUCGCCCUCGCCAAGCGCUGCUCGCGAGAGGCGACCCUUGCAGGAGCCAAGGCGGCAGCCGUGGCCACCAUCGCCUCCGCGAUCCCAACGCUGGCGAGCGUGCGGAUGCUGCCGUGGGCCAAGGCCAACAUCAACCCCACCGGCCAGGCCCUCAUCAUCUCCACAGUUGCUGGGAUGGCAUACUUCAUCGCCGCUGACAAGAAGAUUCUGUCACUGGCGAGAAGGCACUCGUUCGAGGAAGCUCCCGACCACCUCAAGAACACCUCCUACCAGGGCGCCGGCCGCCCUCACCCGGCUUUCUUCAGGCCAUGAUGAGGCAUCUUGCGAGAUGGCGCCCUCUUGGAAGUUGCUGUACUCUGUGCCGUAGAUGUCCGAAUAAACUAAUGCUAUUAGCUCGCCAAUAUCAUCAAUCACUACGGGAGACGGGGGGUUUGCCGUGUGCCUGUUGCACACGGCAAAGCCCGAUAAACACACGGCUGCUCCAAUGGUACACUAAUACUUCAAUGGAUCAAUGUAAUUAGUUUGUACUACUGCUGCUCCAAUUGAAAAGGAAUGCAACUUGGUCUUACAGUACUGAUCAACACUGA